CCUAGUGGUGAUUAUCGGACUGUCCGAUUCCCUGGAAACUCUGCGGCGCAGCUCUCACUUUAAACCGGGAUCAUGGCGGCUCCGUUCGGGCGGGACACGCUACCUGAACACUGGUCCUACGGAGUGUGUAGGGAUGGCAGGGUCUUUUUCAUCAACGACAAAACUCGCGGCACUACUUGGCUCCAUCCCCGCACUGGUGAACCUGUCAACUCAGGACACAUGAUACGAUCAGAUUUACCGCGGGGAUGGGAAGAGGGCUUCACCGAGGAAGGCGCCAGCUACUUUAUAAACCACAACCUGAGGACGACGACAUUCAGGCAUCCUGUGACGGGACAUAUAUCCUCAGAAAACACAGACUUCAUUUUACAGGACCAGGCAAAUUUACGCAUGUCCAAGCCACCACCAGAGCCGAGGCCUCCCAGUAUGGUCAGCGAGUCCUCUGUCACCGUCUCCUCAUCCCCUGCGGACACCACCUCAGGAUCCAGGAGUUUGAAACCCAGUGGGAAGGUGCAUUGCUUUGGCAAGCGUGACCAUUCCAUCAAAAGGAACCCUAAUGUCCCAGUGGUGGUAAGAGGAUGGCUCUACAAACAGGACAGCUCAGGCAUGAGACUGUGGAAGAGGAAGUGGUUUGUGUUGUCUGAUUACUGCCUGUUUUACUAUAAAGAUAGUCGAGAGGAGACGGUUCUGGGUAGCAUUCCUCUGCCCAGCUAUGUCAUUUCCCCCGUGGGACCCGAGGACCACAUCAGCCGCAAGUAUGCCUUCAAGGCCUGCCACACGGGAAUGCGCUCCUACAUUUACAAUAAGAAUUCUCUGAUUGGCUCGCAGGCCGAGCACUGUGGCAUGAGGACCUAUUUCUUCAGCGCUGACACACAAGAGGACAUGAAUGGCUGGAUCCGGGCCAUGAACCAGGCUGCGCUGAUGCAAAGCCAUGGCAUGAAGAGAGAAGCCGAAAGAAGCUUCAAAUCUGAGCAGCAAGCAGUCCCUCAGACCAACCAUUUCUGCAGCAGCAUCAAAAGCUCCUCCCAGGCCGAGGCCCUCCAGCAGACAGCACAUGUGGAGGUGGUAGAGCUGAGGCCGGAGCGAGAUGGGGAGGACUGCUACGUUUACAGCAAGGAAUUGAUGGAGGAUCCUGUUAAAAUCUCCUCUGGAGAGUUGGAGAUGGAAGGGAUUUCCCAAUCAGGUGCCCAUUCUCGCCCACCUUCCACAGUGCCCACUCACAGGAACGGGCUGCCACCCUCGGGCAUACCUCCUGAUCAGAACGGGAACGUGGUGUAUAAGAGGGGUCUCGUCCCCCGUACAGACACAGAGAAAAAGGUGCAAAGGAAAACUGCACUGGCUCAGGUCGAGCACUGGGUGAAGGUGCAGAAAGGAGACCCCAAAAGCCAUCCCACUGUUGAGUACACCCUACCUAGACGGACACCACCUCUACAGCCUAAGUCCGUCAUGAUGGAGACGUACCAGUCGUUGCCAAAGAGCACUCGCCACCACUCCGGAGGCAGUUCCCCACCAGUGCCCCGCAACCUGCCUAGUGACUACAAGUAUGCCCACGACCGUCUUAGUCACUUUCGUAUGUCCACUGAUGAGCGGAUGGCCACUAAAGAGGGCAUGGUGUGGCAGCUGUACGAAUGGCAGCAGCGCCAACAGUUCCGCCAUGGAAGCCCCACUGCACCAAUCUACACCGGCCCUGACUACAUGGACACGUCUGCCUUCAGAGUUACUCUGGAAAUGCCACGAUCCAUAUCUGUGCCACCAUCACCAUGUGACAUACCCCCACCUGGCCACCCCUCCAAGUUCUUUUCCCCACGCAGGCCCCACACGCCCGCAGACAGGGUGACGGUGCGCCCGCUGGAUGACUUCGCCACCGUGGACACUCCCAGUUUGGGUUCUCCCAGAGGAAUAUGUUCCCAGAUCUCAAAGACCUCACAAAUAGAGAGGAGAUCCAUGCCAACAAUGGGAUACAUCACACACACAGUCAGUGCACCAAGUCUGCAUGGAAAAACGCCGGAGGAGUUGACCCUGCUGCUCAUCCAGCUCAGGAGACACCGGGCCAAGAUGGCCAGUGUGCGCAGCGACACAUUCACACACCUGCAGAACCAGCACAACGGCCUCUCAGGCCCCAGUUUGCAGGCAGAUGACACUUACAUCCAGCUGAAGAAGGACCUGGAGUAUCUAGACCUGAAGGUAACUGGACGUGACUCACUUAAAGAUCGACCACCUCGGCCUGUUAAAAUAGCUGAAAGUGACAUAGAUGUAAAGCUUAGUAGGUUAUGCGAGCAAGACAAGAUCCUACAAGAGCUGGAGGCCAGGAUACGCACACUCAAAGAAGAUAAGGACAAGCUCGAGUCAGUUCUGGAUGUUUCCCAUCAGCAGAUGGAGCUGUAUCAGGAUCAGCCCGCCCAUGCAGAGAAGAUUGCCUAUCAACAGAAGUUGUUACGGGAGGACGUGGUCCACAUCAGGGCGGACAUCUCACAGGUGUCCACGUUGCCUGACCCAGAGAGGAAACUCGUGCCUUCAGCGUCAUUGUCCGCAGUGCCUUCUCUCUCUGCGAGCCCAUCCAUGGGUGAACUGAAAGCUGCUCAGCCCAGCCCUCAUCUCAGCCUGGUGCAAUCUACCCAGCAGCCCUUGCAGCUCUCACAUACAGCGAUCAAGCCAAAAUGGCCUGAAGAAGACGCUCCACCCAGACCCCCUCUCCCUCACCUCUACAGUCCAGACGAACCCUUUGAGAUGGAGAACGCUUGGGCAGAGUACAGCCAAUUGGAGAGAGAUGUGGACAGAUUGCGUUCAGCCCUUCAAGACCAGAUGACCCACAGUGCUCUCUCUCAGGCUGCUCAGUGGGAAAGUUUGACAGGCUCAUCUUCAAGACUGAACCAGUCAUCAAACAUUUCAUCGUUUGUCACCCUCAGAAGAGGACUCACCACCACAAGCUUGAAGGAGAGACCAAAGAGUGCCUUGGAGCGGCUGUACUCUGGGGAGCCCGUGCAGCAGCGUGGCCGCAUGAGCGCCGAAGAGCAGCUGGAGAGGAUGAAGCGUCACCAAAAGGCUCUCGUACGGGAGCGCAAGAGAACGCUCAGCCAGGGCGAGCGGCAGGCUUCCUCAUCUCGUGCCUCCUCCACAUCCAAAUCCGUGUCUGCAGACCUGGGAUCAUGGAGGAGAGAGCAGGACUUUGAUUUGCAGCUUCUGGAGCAGGCCGUGCAGGGUGAAGAGAGACCAGUUGAGCACAAAGAGAGACAGCGCUCUCGGUCAGACGAAUGGCUCACCCUGAGCAGCACACCCAUGAGAGAACUAGAUCUGGAGCCUCUGGACUACCAGCUGGACCUUAGCAAAGAGCUGGCAAAGCCACAAAAGGUGGCCAUCCCUGAGCGCUAUGUGGACAUGGAUCCAGAGGAGCCCCUCAGCCCUCAGGAAAUGGAGGCCAGACAUCGUAAAGUGGAACGAAUCAAGAGCAUCCUGGCUAAGUCUAGUGUCCAGAAUAUACCUCCUCCUGCAGCAGUAGACAAGCCGGUGCUGCCGGACAUAGACUCGGCUCUACAGGAGCAAGAGAGAAUCAUCACCAUGUCCUAUGCCUUAGCAUCAGAGGCCUCGCUCAAGAGCAAACAAGUGGCAGCCUCACCGCCGGUUAACAGUCCCACCUCCCUCCCUCAACCUCCACCACCUCCUCCUCUUCCUCCCCCCGCUCCUGUUGCCGUCUCUACGGCUCAGUCUGCUCCCCCUCCCCUGAGCAAUGGAUUUCACUACACCUUUGUCUAAUCAGAGAAAAACAAAGUAAGAACUAACUGCUAAUCAUUUAGCACGCAAAUGUGCUUUUGCUAAUUGUUCCCUGUGUGUUUUGGCACCUUUU